UCUCCCGGCUCUCCUGUUCCAAGCCAGUCUGUCUGCCCUCUAGCGUAGUACUCUCCUUUCACCCACCACUAUUCAUCACCAUCUAGGAUACAUUUCCACAAACCCACGCAGGCAGACAGAGUACCGUCCUAGUGGGCUGGAGAGUUUGCUUUUGGCUGAUAGGCAGAGAUAUAUGUGUGGUGCCUUGGAAAGACGUAGAGAGUGGGGAUCUGUAGCAGUGUUGUUGAAGCUGAAGUUUCGUCCCCACUACGUUUUCUGUCCCAAAGGACACCACACGCGGCUGCAGAGGCUGCCAGCUCCAACUGUAGGAAACACAAGUUGAUGACUGAGAACUCCGCCUCCCAUGAUGGACAAGAAAAGUGCCAACGGCCUUCAGACCAAGGCCAGUGAGGGCGGUGUUCAGAGGAAGCAGCUGCCCUACUCAGUGGAGACCCCUUAUGGCUUCCACCUGGACCUAGACUUCCUCAAGUAUGUUGACGAUAUUGAAAAAGGCAACACCAUCAAAAGGGUCCAAAUCCAGCGCAGGGUCAAGGGCCCACCUAAAUUCAGCACACUACCUAGAAAUUUCAGUCUUCCUGGGCACGGAGCCAGGCCUGCCUCUAACGAAAAGGAUAGCACAUGGUCUGGGACAUCCACCUUGGGACCCAAGCCCAAAUCACGGUUGACAGAGGUGCAACAAAUCUUUGACUUCAGGGCAGGUGAAGGAGGAACCUCCAGCCAGAGCAGCAGGGGGACAACCAGUCAUGGAAGCGGUUAUGUUUCAGCUAAGCCCAGAGAUGAAGUAGGCGCGGGGGAUCGAGGUGUUGAAGAAAAAGCUGUGGGGAUUCAAAGUCGGCCGAACCUGCUCCGAGCAUCGAGCAUGCCAAUCACCCUACAGCAGCGGAAAGGCUCUGAUUCAAGCAGUCCGGACCGUAUUGUGGGAACACCGGAGAAUGGCUCAACAGAGAACAUGUUCCGUGCUUCACCAGACAUUACAGAAAGACGUUGUGUUCCCCAGGAUCGAACAGGGCUUCACCAGCAGAUCACAGUGGCGCUGAAGCGGGUCAGAGAGCUGGAGGAGCAGGUCAAAACCAUCCCUGAACUAAAGGCUCAGAUCUGCGCACUGAGGGAGGAAAGGGAAAAGCUGCUGAUACAACUCCAAGCCCGGGCCCAAGUGCAGAUUUCUACAUCACCCACUACUAUAGCCCCAAGUUCUGAUGCUGGGACACAUACGCAGCCACCAGGACACAGACCCCUAGAGGGGCUCAACUUAGCUUUGAUGACUCAACCUACUGGUGUGACAGAGAAAAGUAGAGUAUUACAAAAGGAGGGGGAGAAAUCCUCAGCACAUGGAAAAAUGGGUGGCUUGUCAGCACAAGAAUCAGAGAGACAAACACAGCUGACAGAAAAAUCAGUCAAACAAAAAGAGACAUUAGAGACUCCACUGGAGCAUGCAGUGCAAAAGCUAUCACAGGACAUAGCAGGACAGGAAUUGACAUCACUUAGGGUGGCUAUAAAAGAUGCAGGGAGUAGCAGUAUUCAAGAUGUUAAUGCAGAAAAAGCAAGAAAACUUGAGGACCCAGACAGUCUGCAAAUCCUGCAGGAGAAGAUAAUGAUACUGGAGGCUAAACUUACUCAGGCUAGCCAAGAGCUGAAGAGAACCAAUAGUCUUUUGAAAGAACAAAUAGAGGAGAACAAUGUAAAAGAGGAGAGAAUACUACAACUGAGUGAGGGAAUGAGAGUGGAGGUUUGUACUACAGAAGCACUCAGCAGGCCAAGAAGAGAGAGCAUUGACACAGGAACAGAGACAGAGAAAGUAGAUUUUGCCAACCAAGAGACAGAGACAGAAUCACCUGGUACAGUAGAUCAGGGAACAGAUACAGAUAGAAUCUGUGUUGAAGUCUUUGUACCCAAAGCAAUGACUGGAAGUAUAGGUCAAGCGACAGAAACUAAAGUUGACACACAUGACCAGCUGACAGAGAUGGAGGCAGAAGUAACUGCAGUGAGCCCACCAAGACAAAGAGCCAACAGCAUGGAACGGGGCACAGUAACUGAGAGGAUUACCACUCAGGAUCAGAUGACUGAGACGGCAGUGGCCGCAAGGGUAAACCAAGUCACAGAAACAGAGGGAGAGACAGUGACAGACCAUCCACAGAGACCAAGAGCUGGCAGUGUAGACCAAGGGACAGAGACAGAGAGGGUAGACACUGUGGACAGGGUGACAGAGACAGAGGUAGCGCAGAGGACUGACCAGCAGACAGAGACCGAGAUAGAUAGACGACAGGACAACAAUCCAGGCAGAGAUGAAGAAGCAGAGAGUCAAGUAAGAGAAAGUGCAAGCGGCGAAAGAGUAGAAGAUGUUGACACUGUGGUCAGUAUAAGAGGGGAAUACCAGGGAUCACAUGAAAGAAUUCAAAUAGAUAGUGAGAGUGUGGCCAUGACAAUUGUCACAGAGAGUUCAGUUGCAGUUCUAGAAAGUGUAAUUGAACAAACUAUAGUUUCGGACAUUCUAAGCCAGAAUGAAGGGUGUACGAGUCCUUUUGCUGCAACAGGAGAAAAUAAAGAAUCUAUGAAUGAAGCAAGCACUGCACAGAAGGACUCAGAAACAAAAGAAAUUUUACACCCAAAGAGUCUAGUGACAGAAAUUGUUGAAACAAAGCACAGCAUCCCAGAGAAUGUGGAGAAGAAACAAACAGCAGAAGGAGAGAUUGUAUGUGCAACAAUCAAAGAAACUGUGGUCACUGAAAUGGUUGUAAUUGCAGAAGAGAAUGCAGCUGUGAAGACAGUAGUUCCUGUAAGACCUCAGAGAGGCCGGAAGCCCUCAGCAGAGCAGGCACAGCCAUCAACUCCUCAACUUCAGGCUGCACCUGCGCAGACUCGUAGGGGAUCCAGUGAAAUUCAAGCCCAGCAGCCCCAGACAAAGCCCCAGCCCCAGGCACAAGUACAGGAUGCACCUCAGCUUGAGUCAGAGUCCCCAACACAGCUCUCGGAACCACAGGUAAAACAUGAAGCCCCAUCUGUGUCUGAGAUUGAGGACAAGACCCAAGCAAAGAGACGUCCUGGGGAGCUUAGUGAGGAAAAAUCUCUAUCACAACCUCAGGCUGAGACUCAGGGCCCCUCUCCAGGCUCCAGUGCAGCCCAAAUCCAUCCCAAAUCAAUUCAAGCCCAGUCUCACUCUCAAACAUCUGCAAUUCGACGGAACUCAAAAGAGCGUAAAGCACCACAGAGGGGAGCCACGGUAUCACAACCUCCUAGUCGAGGAUUAGUAGAAGCCCAAACCCAGCCAACUCGUCAGGGGUCAAGUGAUGUGCAACUUCAGCCUCAGGGCUCUCGUAGAAGUUCCAGUGAGACUCAACCCCCUCACAAAGAUGCCAGUGAGACACAGUCCCUGCGCAGAGGCUCCAGUGAAACAGCCCAGCGUCAUGGUUCAAGUGAAGCCCAGGCCUCUCGUCGGGACACUGGUGAGGCCCAACCUCCUCGCAGAGGCUCCAGUGAGUCGCCAACCUCGCCUGCAGCUUUGGGCCAAGUCGUAACCCGGUUAACAGGGCUUCUGGGGGAGCAGUGGGCACAGCUGGGCAGCAGCUCCGGAGCUCAACAGACGGCCAGUCAGCAGGAAAGCCCCAGCACACAGAAACAGACAGCAGGGAAAAGAGCAGAGGCAGGAAAAGGAGCAACAGCCAAGCCUGCAGGGAAAGCAGUCCCUGCAGCAUCAACAGGGAAACCAGCAGGGAAACCUGGUCCUUCCAAAAUGAGCUCUAUUCAGAGUCAACUGGUCAGCUCCCUAAGUGUCCUCUCUGCCUUCUACUCACCAGGCCAGAAAGCUGCUGCUGCCAGCAAACAGCAAGAACAAGGUCUCAAAUCUAUUAUGAAGAAAAAUGGUGUUGCUGACAAGCAGGGGAAUAAGGGAGCCAAGAAAAACCUGAAGUUUGUUGGGGUGAAUGGAGGCUAUGAGACGACUUCUAGCGAAGAGUCCAGUGGAGAUGAAAAGUCGAAGGUGGAGGCGGAGGAGGAAGACAGCUCAGAAAAAGAGUCGGUGAAGGAAAAGGAGAAGGAGUCUCCGCCGGCAGAGAAGCCUGAUAAGGCAGCAGAGAUCCAGGGCAAGGAUGCAGAGCUCUCAGCUGAGGGAGGAGGUGCUGUGGCUGGAGAGAAGGAGGGUGAAAGAGGCCUGCUUGAUCCAGAGAGCAGCCAGGAGCUCCAGGAAGAACAGGCUGGGGACAAAAUUGACAAAGGGUUUAUAGAUGCUUGCCUCUAUGUAAAGGACCGUAUGGAAGAGGUUUCAUCCCCAGACAAAGAAAUGCGUCAGGUUUUAGUGGUGCUGUACCAGGAGUGGUUCAGGGUCUCCAGUCAGAAAGACUCGCAGGCCGAUACCGUCAGAUUAUACCUGAGACAAGUGGGCUUGACCACGCCCACUCUCCUGCCAUAUGUUGUUAAUUUAACAGACGGCAACGGGAAUAUGGCUCUCCACUACAGUGUGUCGCAUUCAAACUUCCCAGUGGUCAAACUGCUGCUGGACACUGGUCUAUGCGAAACAGACAACGUGAACAAGGCGGGCUAUACUCCAGUGAUGCUUGCUGCACUAACAGCUGCUGAGAGCCACGAUGAUCUGGAGGCGGCACAACAACUGCUGAGACUGGGGGACGUCAAUGCACGCUCAAGACAGGCCGGCCAGACGGCACUUAUGCUCGCAGUGAGCCACGGCCGCGUUGCUAUGGUGAAGCUGCUCCUGAGCUGCGGCGCGGAUGUAAAUGCCCAGGACCGCGAGGGAUCUACGGCCCUGAUGUGCGCCAGUGAACAUGGACACACACACAUCGCUCUUCUGCUGCUGGAGACAGGCUGCUGUGACACCAGCCUCAUAGAUAAGAAUGGUCAGACAGCACUGUCGGUGGCAGAGGGAGCCUCCCACCAAGACAUAGUUGACCUCCUGAAGGCCCACAUCGAGACCCAAGCCUCCAAGACCCCGUCCACAACAGACCUCCACUGAGCCAGGCCGACCCCGUUUGCUCUUCCAAACCACCUUAAGCUUCCCGACCCCAACCCUCCUAUUUCAAGACCCUCUACACACUAACAUGGAGGGAAAAAGCUGAAAUAAAGACACGGUGACACCAUACAGGACAUACUCUGUUUGACCAUUGGCUAAAAGUGAUUGUGCUCUGUUUACCGCGGGAUUAUGGGAGCUCACGGACAAACCUCUGCGACUGGAACGUCCUGCAAUGUACGCCCACAUUUUUCUUCCACAUCCCGGCCAACAUGCCCCGUGGGCGUUCAUGGAUAUGCUGCAUCAACCACUCAGUGGACAGACAACGAAGGGGGCUGGGGAAAUUGAUGAUAGGGACAAGUGUAAUUGACAGGGUGUUACAAAGAGUGAUAGGGUGAGAAUCGAUAUAUAUAUAAAUAAAUAUAUAUAUAUAUAUGGACUGGCAAAGGGAUGAAGAGUUACUCUGAUGAACUGCUGCUUCUUAUCAUCAAACUAGCUUGUCAAGCAAAAUACUAAGCACAUGAUCUACCUUUCAAAUACAUGAUAUUAACAUUGUGACACGAUAUCUAUUUUUCUUUUAUGACAUUGGCAUCCUCCUUUUCAUAUUUGGACAUAAGCCAUUAUUGAGAACAUAGUAUAGGUCAUAUAUAGUCAUAUACAAACACAGAAAAUGUAUUUUCUACGAGAGUUUUUUAUUGUGUUUGUGCACAGUAGAUAGUCCUCUAUAAUAUUGGUGUCCGGAAGAAACUACAUGUCCCAAAGUAUAAAUUGCGAAGUAUCUUAAUAGAACUUCUGGUCAAAUUUCCCCUCAUUCAGUGGAUCUUUGGCAUCAUUCAGUGUAUUGUUUUUGACAUAGCUAUGUUAUUCACAUCUGACAUGGCUGAUCAUCACCUGUGAAAUAGUUAAAAACAAAGGUGUUAGUUGGAGAUAAAAUGUUUCUGUUGGACACAGACGAAAGAAUUUUUAUUACCAGAAUAUAACCAGAUUAAAGAAAGGCAAAAGUCUUCUAAUAAAGAAGAUUGAACUUUUCAGAAGGUGCUGCAUGCAAUUACACAGUUACUCCCCCUGCUGGUUGUCUUAUAGUCCUUAAACAACAGUAUGUUGUAAUACUGUCUGUUCUCAUGAUUAACAUCUCUCUCUCUCUCUCUCUCUCUCUCUCUCUCUCUCUCUCUGUCUCAGUCUCCGUCCCCCACUUCAAAUGUACUGUGUGUCUUGUUCACCUGCUCGUUCCAAAUCAAAUCGUGUAUGCAAAUGCUACGAAAUGCACAAUGAAUGUCAGGCUGGCUGGGACACAUUCCAAGAAAAAAAACAAAACAAAUGUAGCGAGUCUAACUGUUGUGGCGUGGAUCAUGGGACUAACGGAGACGUAUGUGUCGGCGGGUAUGGCAGAUAUAGAAGUGAGUCCGUUGCCGCGUGCGACAAAAGAUACUAGUCGCUCAGAAGAUCCUGAACACAAAGAUCUGAUUUUGCCUGUUUUCAAUUCACUAACACUAGUCCAUCCUCUUCCUGCCUCCGGGCGUUCAUAAUUCAAAACGAUAAACUGAGGGGAUGAUGAAUACUGGAGCAAUGGAUGUUAGUUUUUGUUUUCAGUCUGAGAAGCAAUAAAAAAUGGAAUACUAUCUUUUCGGUCAUAAUACUAGGUAGGGUGAGUGGCUUUGGUCUAGCCUUAAUCAGAUGACCGUCCUACUUUAGAGGAGAUGCGUUCCAGAGAGAGUGGCCUUUUUCUCCUGUUUACCACAAAACUACACCCAUAUUCCUAAAGUAUCUUAAAGCCGGAGUACUGGUCCGAUAAAAUGUUUACAAUUCAACGUAACACUUCCCCCCUCUCGGUGACCCCUGCAGACGUCAGACAGGUCAGUAAGUUUACAAGAAACAAAGGGAUCAAUCAUUCUACCUGUAAACACGCAAGUGCCGGUGACCUCUGGCUGCGAUCAUAAUUAUGACAGGUAGAUAACUGCGCUCUUGUCCUUUUUUGAGGGCCCGUGUUCGUAUUUGAUCUUUGAAUGAAAGCAAAGCCCUGGGUCACUGAAGGCGGAACCUAAAAAGGGCAAUACCACUCGAUUUAACGACUGCCGUGACUACGGUCUCUUGACAGUCCAGUCUGCAUUUACAGUCAGAAAAUAAGUCAUUUUCUACAGUCUCCAGUCAACUAAUCAAGUCUCUGGCCUUUGGUCACAAUAAACGCGGCAGAUAGUUUCUAACUGCUCAUUAAAUUUUAUACAGCUGGAUUCCAAAUUUAUUGGUUUUCUUCGAUCACAAUAGCAUUAUAUUGCCGUGGCUCUGUAGUGCUGUCUUGUAAGCUAUCUAAAUUUAACUUUUUUUUGUGAGAUGCAGUGUGGUCUGACCACUGAUCCUGCACCAGUACCGGACACUUUAUAAAUAUGGGUGCUAAUAUGGGACUAUGUAGACUGACAUGAGUAUAAACUUGUUAUAUAAAGUAUCAUAACUAUAUAGUAGUGGCUGCAUUUACUCGGCAACAAAGAGAAUUUUUCAACAGUGGCUUAGUAAUCGGAUCAUCUUCAUUCGUUGAGUCACAAAGUAGCAGAGAUUCUCUCAACACUGAGGCUGCAUUUACACAGGAUCAGUAUAACUCUGAGUUUUACCUCUGUGCUGUACAUCUGAUCGUUGUUGGUUGUCUGUAUAUUAAGGGACAAAAAAAAAAGAGAGUCUAUGUAGCUUCCCACAACACAGACGGCUAAAGAAUGAUCCGAUCUGUGCUGCGACACGUAUCUGGUGUAUCUGGUCUUCCGUGCCUGUGUAUUAAGUCUUAAAGUAAAUAGCAUCCAUAUGUUUAAUCCAGUGUGACCCAGAUGUAAUAAGGUUUCAUAACUGGCUGAACACCAAAGACCUGAAAUCCGAUCUGAUUCACAUGGGGUUAAAUAUAUAUUUUAUCUGUUUCUGUAAAUCCAGCCAAAUACAUGUACAUACAGUAUUGUGAAGAGUAUAUAACGAGUAUUGUCUGACAGUUUGCUCUGAAAAUUAUAUUAAGUAUUUAUUCCAAAUGCUAUAUUUUUACCAUAUAUAAUAUACUUAUGUAUGCAUGGACAAAUAUUCCAGUGAUUCUGUUGGAGGGGAAUUUGGAUGAUUAGAAAUGAUGCUGAGUGUUCCCUGAUGAUGUGAUUACCUGAGCUAACUUUGACUGGAUGGUGGGAUGGGAAACGUGUGAUUUGACGAGGUUGUGGACUGUGUCAUGUGCCCUUUAAUGCUACCGUCGACUUUUGUGGGGACAAUAUGAAGCAGAUCCAACACUGGUCUAAGCUAUAAGGGCAAUGUCUCCCCGAAAAUCCGAGUCUAUGUAUAUGACAGGUCAAAUGUAAAAACCUGUACCUCUCUGUAAUAUUCCUUGUACAACGGGCUUGUAUGUUACAAACCAGAG